UUCCUGGUUGACCCAGAAACACAUGUGGAGCGGUAUACCUUCCUGUUGUGCUUGUUUUGGUACUCAACGUCUUCAUAAUUUAUUUUUCAUACAAGCACGAUUAACUUUGCGGCGAAAGCAUCUCGCGGAUAUAUUCUCUGACUUUUUUCCCAAUGUGUACUCUCAAUACUUCACUCCCAUCACAAUGAAUGGGGUAAAUAAUCCUUUAUCAUGGACUGAAUCCAAUACCAGCGCCCAGGUUACACCCCUGAAGUCAUGCCAAGUGGUGUUAGAAAAACUUUCACCAGAGUGUGCAGCGAAAGCAACGGGACAUCUCGAGUCUUCAGGUGGACAUAACGAACUGGGUGAUAUACCGCCUAUAGAGACAGACAGUGACUCAGGAGACAGCCUGUUCAUAACGCAGAAACCAGCACCUCUGCCUGUAAGACAAAGAAGAGGCCGAAACAACCAUAUUUCAGACACCACACUUCCUAGAGAUCUAGAAGACCAUAAAGAUGACUCUUCAUCAUCAUCAACGGCAUCCUCUGCUGAGAUAUUCAGAGUUUACAAAAAGAAAUGCUCAAAGAAAUACAAACUACCAGAGUACAGUUUCCCUUUCCUGACAAGGAAGCACAGAGGCAGAGGAACACGAAUACAGAACAAAAGCCUUCAUAAUGCUGGAAUGGUAGGGUUCCUGACAUUUGUCAGAGAGUUGUGUCAGGGCUGUCGAACAGGAGAGGAUGUGGUGUCAUCUUUACCAACAGUGGACAUAGAUGAGGAUGGCAUAUCUCCAUUGUCAGAAAAUGAAGAAGAAGGGUCAGAAAAUGAGGACAUCAAAGUAGUAGAAAGGAAACUCUUUGCAGUGCCACUAAAAACAAAGAGACAACAAACCUGGUGCAAUCAGUUAAAACAGAGGAAUAUAAGGAAUGAUGCCGAUGCCGGACAAGAACCCUCACAAGGAGAACAGUGUGAGGGGUUGGAUCCGACAGCAGCUAUGGCAACCAUAUCGAGGAUCACAGAGGAGGAGAAUGAACAGGCGACAAGUCAUGGAAACUCUGAAGCACUCAAGACAACGAGACUCGAUGAGGGAGGACAGGAGGAGGGCGGCACUCCCCAUUCAAAACAAGAGACGACAAAGAGCAAGUCUUCCACAGAGAGCACCACGCAAGAAGAGCAUGGACACUUAGAGUCUGAUUUCAGAGUAGAGGAUCCAGCUUCUUCAUUUGCGGAAAAUGGAGGCAAGAAGAAAAAAAAAAGGAGAGGAAGUGCAGAGGAUGAGGAGCAGCUACAGUCCAGUGGUGUUCCUGAAAUUCUGAAUGAUGAAGGAAAGACUCAGAAAAAAAAGAGAAAGAAGAAAAAAGAAAAGAUUAUCACUGCAGAGGAGAGAGGAGAAGAGGAAGGAGCAGCUCCUCAAGACACACUUGAAUCUAGUUUUGUUAAAGGAAAGAAGAAACAGUUGUCUUUUGAUGAUGCCACUCGAGGAGAAGAAGAGUGCGCAGUUGUGAGCCCUUUGUUGGCAUUGACUGAAAGUGUGGAGAGGGCACCAAAGAAAAGAAAGAAGAGGGUUAAAACAAACUCUGAAGAGGUGGACCAGUUGCCUGCUCCUGUAGAACAUGCAAAUACUGAACACUUAGAUAACGUUCAGGAAAAAGCAGAUGAGGACCAAGUUGGUGAAAAGGCGACAAAGAGAAAGAAGAAAAAGAAGAAAAAGAGUGAAAAUAUAUCUGGACAUGGUUUGGCACAAGGUGAUGAUUCAGUGUCUGUGCAGGAAACGAAGAGGACCUCAUCCUUCCUCAGUGCUGACGCAGAGUCCUCACAGUCUGUGGAGGCUCCUGUUGCAGGUGCAGGGAAAGCCAGAGUCGACGCUCAAGAUAUAGAGACAGAGUCAGCAGAAUGUAACGGAAAUGUAGAUGAGUCAAAUGAAGGGGUCAUGAAAAAGAAGAAGAAAAAGAAAAAGAGGAAGGUGCUGGAAACGCAUGAUGGUAUGGAAAAAGAUCAGGAUGAACCAGAGGUGAAGAGGAAAAAGAAACGUGCAGGAAAUGAAACCGAGCUGGUGACUCCAGUGGAAAGUUUGGAAGGUUCUGUAGAUGCAGAAUUUAUUUCAGCAGAACAAACUGUGGUGUUAAAAAAGAAGAAGAAAAAGAGGAAAGAUAAGACAUGCGAUGUGAUACACCAAAGUCCAUCAGCCGCCACUGAAGAAAGUGGAUCAGAAAGGCUGAAAGAACCGACUCCACCACCUCCAGAGGCUCCAGGGAAUCCGGCUAUCAAUGAUUUAGGAGACAAGAAUGAGAGGAGAAGCCCCAAACCUACUGAUAAUGUUUCUUUCAAUUUGACAUCUUUAGCCAAGUCUGCAGGGUCAGAACCCAAAGACAAUAAAAAGAAAAAAAAGAAGCAAGGAAGUAUUCAAACAGCUGAGGAAAAUGCAAUGCCCAGCUCAUCUUCAGACAGAAAUGUGAAAAACAUGAAAGCAAAGAAGAAACUUCACUACCCCUCUGAAGAUUUCCUCUCUGACUUGUAGUUUACACUGGUUGAUCAUAUCAUGUGUACACUGGUCGACACAGCUGUAGAGUUCAAACACACAUAUUAGUGUAUGACUGGAACUGAUGGCUGUGAUGCUUUAACAGUAACAUUUUUAAAUAGAGCUUGUACUUAAGAAUAUCAACUGACAGUUCCCGACCUUUGUGUUGUUGGGAUAAAAAACAUAGUUUAUUUUUGAUAUUUUUAUAUUAAACAUCCUGUGUAUCACAUCCUUGAAGGAAAAUGUUAGCUGAAUGCAUUCAUUCACACUUAAUAUAUUCAAUAAAAAAAAUCAAAUGGAGUAAUUGAUAAGAUUGUUCAACAUUUUCAAUUCAUUUCAUUCCUGUGUCUAAAUUGUCAAUGAACCCGGCUGGUAUCACUUUGAACUGCAUCCUUUAUCUACAUGUUGGACAAAAGUCUUGACUUUUCAAUUAACUACCUGUAAACAGUCGGGGGAGUGUACGUAUCUUUUUUUUUUUUCCUUUUUUUGAGCAUUGGGUCCACAACUGCACCUUUAGUAGAAUAAACAGCAGUCAUUUCAAAUCGAAUAAAUUCAAUUAGUUUCAUUCUAUGCUAUUACUGCAAAUAAUCUGAUAGUCUGUGCAACUAUCAGUGUUGGCUGAGGAAGCAUUACUGAGGUUAAAAAGGUCAUACUAGGCCGCUGGGAUAGUAAAACAUUAAACAGACCGUUUGGACAGUC